AUGUUAAGGCCUGCGGAAUCCCACAAUUUCUUGCAGAAACUCUUCUCCAAAGAACAGAACGCAACUCGCCUGAGCGGAGUAGAUGGCGCUGAAGGCAAUGCUCAGGAAAAUUUCAAGCUAAUGGUGAGAGGAUUCAAGCGUGCGGAGUUCUCACCUGCUGAAAUCACUGAAUUGCUGCAGCUACUGGCCGGCCUUCUUCACCUGUCCAAUGUUUCUCUAACGGAAUGCGACGGGGAUAUUUUGCAGCUGAAGGACACAGCCUCGCUUGAGGCACUCGAGAACGCAUCUUUGUUGCUGGGGCUAGAGCAAGAGGAGCUUGAAAUUUUGCUGCAGUGUCGCUGUAUGCUUUUGAAGGGGGAUAUCCUUUUCACACAUAGGAAUGAGCAGCAAAGCGCCAGUGCCCGAUGUUCUCUAAUCAAGUUCAUCUAUAGCCGCAUCUUUGACUAUAUAGUGCAUCGACUAAACAAAAGUGCUGCACGACAUAUAACAAAGCAUGGAAAGCAGCACAGCGAAGCUAUCAACAGGAGCAAGACAAUUGGCAUUCUUGACAUCUACGGUUUUGAGUCCUUUGGGCUGGAAAACGGACUGGAGCAGCUCUGCAUCAAUUAUGCAAACGACCUAGAGCUCAGCCUCCUUUCUAGCCUGCCAGACACGUCCGCGCUUCUCCGGGAUUUACACGAAGGCGUGUUCCGGCGCUUGGAUGACUCCUGCAGACUCCUGGCCCAGGGGCAGCCAAGAGACGACACGCACUUCUGGAACGGCCUCUUCACUUACUGCGCCUCAAACCAGCAUCUACAGAACCACACGGGCAUGCAGCAGAUGCAACGAAGUAACCAGGAACUUGCCAUCCCACGCAACCAGCACAUCCUGUUCUGUCUCAAGGGAGCCAACGGGAUGCAAGCAGCGGAGGCCGCUGCCAACGGGACACUACUGCAACAUCUGCAGCAAGAAUACCUGACUUCCAUCGGCCUCGUGGGAGCGCCGCAGCUUCAGACGCGGAAAGCGGGAGGAGGACUGAUAGGAGGCCCGUCAGCUGCUGGCAAAGUGCAGGAGAGGGUGUUUGCUGUCAAACACUUCGCUGGCACGGUGCUAUAUGGCACAGAUGGCUGGCUAGAAUUGAACAACGACAGAGUGAGACACCCGCGCAGUGCAGCACCUAGUUCCUAUGUGAAGCUCAAGUUGCCUUGGCUACAACAGCCUGCUACGUAUAAGUUAUGUGCGCCUACAGAUCGAGCAUGA